CCAAUGUUUUGUGCCGUUUAACUUUUUGUGUGAACAUUUCAGUUGCUAUCUAGCUAAGCUACUCUUCCAAAUGUUGUCGCCAACAAAUUGCGAAGGCAUCAGCUCCAACAAUAAGACAAAGAGUCCCCGAAAAGUCUCAUCAUCAAUAUCUUCAAAAUCAUCCUCCACUUCCUCAUCUCCUUUAAUAUUUUCAGCCUCCAACAAUCUUCACUGCCAAGCCCAACAGAAGGCCGAAACCAUGGAAGAAGUGUGGAAAGACAUAAGUCUUGCUUCUCUUCAUGAACACACUUCUACCGAUCAAGAACUUUCUAUGACCCCAAGACUUCACAACAUUUCUCAUCAUCAUCGUCAUCAUCAUCAUCAUCAUAAUAAUAACAGCCCUAACUUUAUCCUUCAAGAUUUUCUUGCUAGGCCUUUCAACAAAGACCCACCUACAGGAAUGGUCUCUAUUAUUCGAGACAGCACUCCUUUUGGCUCUUCAGUGCCACCUCCUGCUACUGUUUUGAGUUUGAACUCUGGCCCUGGCUUUGAUUUUCUUGAGAACUCUGAUCAUCCUCAGAGGCCUGACUCGCAAUUACAGAGCAACCCAAUUUCAAAUAUUUCCUCAUUCACUAGUCCUUUUGAGGGUUUAGAUUCAUCUCCCGGCUUGCCUUCUUUUUGUAAGAAAAGAACUCAAGAAUCUGAUGGUAGUUCUGGUGAUCGCAGACACAAAAGAAUGAUCAAGAAUCGAGAAUCUGCAGCUCGUUCUAGAGCUAGAAAACAGGCUUACACAAACGAAUUGGAGAAUGAAGUUGAACAGUUAUUGAAAGAAAAUGCGAGGCUCAAGAGACAACAAGAAGAGCUAUAUUUGGCCGCAGCAGCUCAACUACCAAAAAAGCACACUCUACAAAGAACAUCAACAGCCCCAUUUUGAGAACUGGUGUUGAUGUAUCAGUGCUUUUAAGUUUUACCCUGUGCUUCUUUACCCUAAUAUCACAGUACUAUCUCCCUACUGGGGCAGGAGGGGGGGAAAGCAUUGAUGUUUUUGCAAGAAAGGGUGUAGCUCCAGCAAAUACUGUUGUUUUAGGAAAGAACAAGUGUCUAUGAGGUAACCGACGUUGUUUCUGGCAUUCCAAACAGGUAGGAGCUUCAUUUGGUGGGUCUUAGUUUUGGCUUUGUAUUCUCUUGUCCUGCAAGCAUGGGGUUGAAGGGGUAAAUUUGGGAAACAAUAUUGUGUUGUUGGACUCAGCCCCUGCGAGUUGUACAGUGAAAAAUGAUGGGACACUUUGUUCUGAAAUUAAGCAAUUAGCCUAUCAAUUUGAACAACUCUGUACUGCUUUAUCUCUAUCUAGGGUCCAUCUGUACGGCA